GGGGAAGGAGCAGUAGAAGAAGUAUGAAUUACUGAGAGGCUUGUUGUUAGCCGUUGUAAAUCGGGCAGCUACUGUUAAUUAGCCGAUAACCGUUUCCCCAGAAUUAUAUUCCCCAGAAUAUAAUCAGAAAAACGGAGGUGUAGACCCAACAACAGUACUAGUCAACAUGGGGACUGGUGCCGACGUGAGAGAUAUCCUGGAGUUGACAGGAGGUGAUAAUGAAGGGCCGAUCAGUAAGAAGGAUUUCAUCAACUCCGAUAAAAAAAAGGCCAAGAAAACAACCGAGACCUUAACAUUCAAGAGACCAGAAGGGAUGCACAGAGAGGUCUAUGCGCUGCUUUACUCAGACAAGAAAGAUGCUCCGCCCCUGCUGCCUAGCGACACCACGCAAGGCUACCGGACUGUGAAAGCCAAGCUGGGAUGUAAGCGGGUACGUCCCUGGAAAUGGAUGCCCUUUACCAACCCCGCCCGCCGAGACGGCACCGUCUUUCACCACUGGAGACGUCUGGCAGAGGAGGGCAAGGAUUACCCCUUUGCCCGGUUCAACAAGGUGGUCCAGGUACCAGUGUACUCAGAGCAGGAGUACCAGAUGUAUCUCCAUGACGAUGGCUGGACCAAGGCAGAGACAGAUCACUUGUUUGACCUCUGCAAGCGAUUUGACCUGCGAUUUAUCGUCGUCCACGACCGCUACGACCACCAGCAGUACAGAAAACGUUCUGUGGAGGACCUGAAGGAACGUUACUACAGCAUUUGCGGCAAGCUGACCAAGGACCGUGCCGCCUCGGGGGCGGAGCCCAAGAUCUACAUAUUUGAUGCUGGUCAUGAGAGGCGGAGAAAGGAGCAGUUGGAGAGACUCUUCAACCGGACCCCGGACCAGGUGGCAGAAGAGGAGUAUCUGAUGCAGGAGCUGAGGAAGAUUGAAAGCAGGAAGAAGGAGCGUGAGAAGAAGGCCCAGGACUUGCAGAAGCUCAUCACAGCCGCGGACACUAAUACAGAGAUGAGACGUGCAGAGCGCAAGGCCACCAAGAAGAAGCUACCAAUGAAGCGAGAGACUGAGAAACCGACUCUCCCUGAGAUGGCAGGCAUCAAGUUCCCUGACUUCAAAUCAGCUGGAGUCACACUCCGCAGCCAGAGGAUGAAGCUGCCGAGUUCGGUUGGCCAGAAGAAGAUCAAGGCUAUUGAGCAGAUCUUGACAGAGCGGGAAGUAGACCUGAACCCAAUGCCCACUGAGGAGAUCGUCCAGAUGUUCAACGAGCUGCGUAGUGAACUGGUGCUUGUCUACGAGCUGAAGCAGGCCCACGGGAACUGCGAGUACGAGCAGCAGAUGCUUCGCCACCGCUACGAGGCCCUGCUGAAGGCUGGUGGAGGGGCCCCUGUUGGGCCCCUAGGUGGAGGUGGACUAGAGACCCCUGGGGGCCCGGAGGUGUCUGUGUGGCCCGGCCCUGAUGACAUCAAAGGCGAGGCGAAGGAGCAGAUCAUCGAUGUGGUGGGAGCACCACUCACCCCCAACUCACGUAAGCGCAGAGAAUCCGCCUCCAGCUCUUCGUCUAUCAAGAAGAUGAAGAAACCGUGAUUCAGACUCAAGCCCUUCUUAAGAUGGUUGAAGAGUCAACCUGGCCUUGCUGUGUCACACAGAGUUGGGAGGUUAAUGAUGCAGUUAAAACUGUCUGCUGCUUUAGGUUCGUUGGUGAGUUCUCCCAGAAAUGUAAUGAAUCAAAAUAGACGAAACAAUAAACUAUUCCGGAAACCAAUAUAAUCUACUCAAGAAAAUGUAUUACAAGCUUGUGAUACAACAGUUGUUACACAAAAUGUUCAGCAACGUAUGACAGAAUCCUCCACAUCAUCCAUCACAUUCACUCCGCUAACGAAUAACCAGGUCAUGUUGCCCCCCCACCCCUCUAAAUGGGACAGAUGCUCCUAUACAGCCAUGACCCCCCCCAGAACUAUCAUGACAAAGACAAUGACUGACAUUCCAUUUCAUUACUGCGACUCUCAGUCCUGCUUCGCCUGCUGGUUGAGAUUGGGACAGAUAAACUGUGAAUUGCCAGACAGAGCUAAUGGAGACAGUGGGGCCAAGACCUACACCCAUCUAUUUGGGGGGGGGGGUAGAUGUUACAUCUUUCUGCGCGCCCCUCCGCCCUCUCUGCUUCAAAACGACUGUUGUUGAACAUGCCUCCACCUCCGUCAGAUGCAUCUGAAUUUGAUCCAGCUAAGAGACACUUCUGUCCUCACUGUGUCUGAACAGAGCUGAAAUUCUCCCUUACCAAUUCUGUAAACCUUUUCCCCCCAAAAUGUUGUUCCAAGUGUCUCAUAAUACCUGUAAUAAAGUCAUGAAAGAUUGUU